GAAUACCUCACAGAGAAGAAAUACGUACACAGAGAUCUGGCGGCUCGGAACGUGCUCAUCGACUUCAACAAGGUGGUGAAGGUCUGCGACUUUGGACUGUCCAGGGACAUCUUCAAUGACAACCACUACAAGAAGCUCACAAACGGGAAGCUUCCGUUGAAAUGGAUGGCCAUUGAGUCAUUACGAGAUCGGAUGUUCACGACCCAGUCCGAUGUGUGGUCGUUUGGGAUUUUGCUAUGGGAAAUUGUCACAAUGGGCGCUUCUCCCUAUCCCAACGUGGCGCUGGCAGAUCUUUACUACGUGCUUUCUAACGGCUACAGAAUGGACCGACCCAGUAACUGUUCUCAAGAACUGUACGCCAUCAUGCGAUCGUGUUGGGAAGAAGAACCCUACGAACGUCCAAACUUCACCCAGCUUCGAGUCAUGAUAGAAAACCUUCUACUGGAGGACAGGAACUAUCUGGUUCUUGAGGACAUUGACGUCCCACUCACCAACAGCGACAACAGCAGCUCCCCAAUUCCUCUUCACGAGUCAGACAACGGCCAAACUUCAGUGAGUUCGGCUGGAGCCGCCAUUGGUCCGCGGGUAUACCCAGUUAUCUCAGAUAUAUCUUCUACGAAUUCAUCACCCUGUGCUACUACCACAAAGAAAACAUCCCCGCGGAAGGACAAUAUGCGGAUCAACGUUUGUAUCCACCAGAAAUCUACAGAUAGAUUAAUUCGCCCAAGCGAAAGUGAUUCCAGUCCGUCCUCUUGCUAG